UAAAAAAAAGACAAUAUAAAAAGAGAAAGAGAUAUAUAUAUAUAUCCUUUAUCUCUUUCAUCUUAUAAUAUAUAUAUACAUAUAUAUAUAUAUAUAUGUGUGUGUAUGUAUAUAUCUGUCUCCCAAUUCUUUAAGUUUAAAGAAGAACAAAGUUACGGAGUAUUCGAUUGGACCAAAACUGGAGGACGUCUUCUUAUCCAGCUGUGUGUGAGAAACACUCUCAUCGAAUAAAAGUUGUUAGGAUCGGAUCGAAAAAGCUGUGGGGAAUCUCUCUCUCCUCUCACCGUCGGCGCAUCUUUGGGAUUCGACGGACCUUGGAUAGAGCGCGGCAGCCGUGUGUGCCUACGCAGAAGAAGCACCAGCAAUACCAGCAACGGCAAUAACAGCGACAGUAAUAGUAGUAGUGAUGCCACCUCCGGAUCGUCGGUGUCGUUAGCAGCGGGCCUUAAAAAAUGGCCUCGAUCCUGGGAGACGGAACGGGCCCUGGGGGCCCUGGUCCCUCGCGAUGCCUUCUACUUCUACAGAGGUCUCUGGCAAUACAGCUGACCAGAGGUCCGCCUCCUCAAGUCCUCAAUGCCGGCCAACGAGAAAGUCCGAAGGAGCAUCCAGCCGAUGAGAUGUGGAUGUACGAUAAAGGUUAUAAUUUGUUUCAGAGUUUCUUGGAAGCAAAUUCAAAAUGUUGGUGGAACGCAGCACUCGUCGACGCAACGAGACAGCUCAGGUAUAAGGGUCACGUGUCGCCGGGUGUAUUAAUGGUCGGUGGGCCACCCUGUGCCCUCGAAGUAUUAAGGGCAGCCUGGGCUCGAAAUGUACUUAGACCACCGGCCGAUCAUGCUAUCACUUGCCUCGGUGACAUUGAGGAUUGCUUAGUAGCGCCUGUCUCUCAAGGACAAUUCACACCACUUCCUGAAGCCCUUUGUUGGGCUAUACUAGAAUUGACGUCACAGAGGCAAGCAGCGACAUUGGAUACCCUUAGGUCGGCACUUAGGAACGCAUUUCCGGCAAUGCAAAGACCUAGCCGAGAACUUGUAUACGAUGCUCUGGCUAAGUUGAUGCAAGAACGAAAGAUCUACCAUACGUCUCAGGGAUAUUUCGUUGUAACACCGGAAACGAGAAGACUCAGGCGCGAUUCCGGGAGUUCUAGACGUUGUUCAAGAGAGGUCAAUGGCACCAGAGGCCAGGGUGGUAUGCUUAUGAGUAACGACGAAGCUAUGGCACUGGUUCAUGGAGAAAUGUUGACCCUUAGAGACGGUGACGUUACGCAUCAGGCGGUACAGACCAAUCUGGCGGACGUUAUCUGCGGAGGUAACCCAAACGAUAAGGUACUGUUUGCCAGGUGUCGAUCGAUGCCAGGUCGUCUUGAAAGGAGACACUCGCUUAGACUGUGGGGAUCGGCCAGACGUUUGCACCGUAGCGGAAGUUCACGGUCUUUGCCAAGGAGGCCGGAAAGAAGUGACACUUCGUCUAGCGCCGAAUACGCGAGCACCGAUAGCGCACCUCAUAGUCCAACCAGUUUUUCGGGAAUGUUCACAGAGAAAAUAGGCUUGCUAUCAAGGCUAUUCCGACGUAGUACGAGGAGAAAGGGUGCACCUUUGAUGGGUACGUUCAGCGCUCAAUAUCCUCCAACAGAAUGGUUCAAUCCACGUGUCGUACAUCUACAUAGUGUAGCUACGCAAACGAGAGCUGCUAGUCCUUCGAUGAUGGAAGGUUUGGAUCAGUCGCAGACCAGUUUCCAAGUCUGGGACGAUUCGAGCUCGGUAAGAUCAGCAACAUUACCAAGGCGGCACCGACGCCAAGCCAGCGGCGAUUCGUCGAGUUUAUUGGCAAAUUCUACACCAAGAAGCUCGAGAAGGCAUCGAUCGCCAUGUUCGACUAUGCCAAGAUCGAAAUGUUCUAGCUUGAGUAGAUGUACCUCAAGGGCAUCGGUCCUUCCGCCUAACGCCAAUCAAGAACCCUACCAGACACGUAAUCAAGUUCAAAAUGGAAAAAAUUCUGCCAACUCUUCGCCAAGUAGAAGCGGCGGAAGUUCUGGCUCCGUUAGGACUACCAACGUUAGUCCUGCAAAAACCGCUACGCUUACCAGGUCCAAUACGAGGCAAUCGAGUUCUCGUAGGCCGAGUCACGAUUCGACUGCUAGCGGCACAAAAUCGAGCAACGGUUCGCCCCAGCACAAGGUACUGCAAAAGACGUCUUCCGGUCAUUCGUCUCACUCGAGUGGGAAAUCGAUUUCUAGCGGUAAACUUUCGUCUUCCCCGCUGAAGACGAACACGCUGCCGGCGAAAUCGUCACCGUUGAAGGUCGUACAGCAGGGAUCGUUAACGCCUCUCCAAGAAGCACAGAACUCGAUAACGCUUCAAGUGUCGACGAAUCUCAGUCCGGUUAAUUCGUCACAGGAACAACGUGCUAUACAGAAUAGCGUAACAUUGGCAUCAAAUGCUACGAGUACUACAACCAUUUCUGGAUCCCCAGGGACUAAGAUCUACGUACAUCAAAAUAAUUCACCUAUGAGAUCUGUAAUUACUUUUGAAAAUGGUACGGUUAAGACCAAGGUUACGGAGAAGGACUUGACAGAGUGUAAGGAGAAACAAGAACGCGAACUAGUUGGCGAGAAGGCAUACAAGUCUCGAAUGGACGAGGAGAAACUUUUUAAGGGUAAACUCGACGAGGAGAAACUAAAUAAAUCGAGUAAAAUCGAUCGACCGUCCUCUUUGUAUUCUGGAAAGGAGAUCAAGCCUGGACUUCUCUCGGAGUCCGAUAAAGAAAACAAGCCUAAAGUAGAAGAGGAAACACCUAGUAAAUUAAAGUUAACCAAUCGUUUGAACAAUAGUCAAGCACAUCUGAUAGACGGAUCAAGUGGUAACAUUGAUAAAAAUUCAUUGUCACAUGAAAACACUACCGGUAAUUUAUCCAGUACGAAAAAUACGAACGAUGCCAUGAAUAAUUCACGAAAGCUUAGUCUCUCUUUGUCGAAGGAUGCACUCAGUUAUCGGAACCUUCUCCGUCCAGGAUCGAAAAAUAAUAUCUCAUCUAAUCCUCCAUCACCGACAAAAUCCUUCGAUGGCUUUGGUGGAUCUUUUAAUAACGUCUACAUCGAAAAUCUCGAAUCGGGUAAACAACAAAGAGCACCUCAGGGCUCCGAGCCUAAUUUAGAAAAAACAGUUAGCCGUGGCGAUCUUUAUUCUUAUCCGAGUUUGAGCGACAUGCAAGUUCAAUUUACAAGUUUGGCAGCACAAAAGAUACUUAAGGGUUGUCCGAUAAAUAGCGUCGAUACAUUGGUCGAAGUUAAUAUGGCGGCUGCCGAAAAGCCAAACAAUUGCGACGUCACCGUUCACACGGAUUUUGGUCUCGUUUGAAAGAAAGAAAUAAAAAAAAAACAAAAAAAAAAAAAAAAAAGCAAAAAAAAAUUCUCCACAUGGAAACAUCAUCCUCGAUAACGAACGUUAGGCUGUGUAACGAUCUAACCACGAAACUCAUCCUUCUCGUCGUCGUCGUUGUCGUCGUCGUCAUCGUCGUCAUCGUCGUCAUCGUCGUCGUCGUCAUCAUCAUCAACAUUGUCAUCGUCCUCAUCAUCAUUUUAUUGACGUAUUUCGAUUAAUUUCAUCGCUAGCACAGCGUAACGUUUUAACAUGAACGUGUAUGUAAAUGAAAACGAUCCAGUUCCAAGUGAAACUAUCCUUUUAGAUCGAUUCUAAUGUCCUGUAAUAUAUCUAAUAGAUAAUAAUCGCGUUCGAUACACACACACACACACACACACAGGCACACACGAACACGCACGCACGCACGCACACGUACACAAAUCAUAUGAAAUGUCACUGCCGUUGUCCCGAAAAAGAAAAGAAAAAAGAAAGAAGAAGGAAAAGGAAAAAAAAGAAAUGGAGAGAGGAGGGGAAAAAAUAAGAUAGAAAUAAAUAUACGACGGUAGUAGGUGAUACUGCGACAUGCAUACGUAUAUAAACGUGCCUACGUUUUGUUCCGAGAGAAAACAGUUGCAGGAAAAAAAAAGGGAAAAAACGUCAAAAAAAAAGAAAAGAAAAAAAAAAAGAAAUGUAUUCUAAAACCGUUAUUCUAAAAAGUGUCAUUAAUCAAUUCCGAUGUAUAAUCAUGCGUUAAACACCGAUAUAUCUGCACAUAAGUAUAUAAAUAAUCAAAGAGUUUCGUUUCCCAAUGAGUUAAUAAUAAAGAAAAAAAAAAUGUCAUAGAGAAUAGUUAUGCCACAAUAAUCGCAGUUUUGCGUCGCUUUACUAAGCUUUAAAGCGAUUUGUCAAAGCAAUCGUUCAUAAUUAAUAUCUUUGCAACUUCUAUGUUAACAAACGAACACAUACACACACACAUACAUACAGACAUUAUAUACAUAUACGUACACAAGCAAGCACAUACCAUACACUAGCGCGCACAUAAGGGAGACGAAUCAUUUUCCAUCGAUAAUAUUACGUAUACUCCGUCGAUAAAUCCCAUGAUGGUAAUAAUCUGUAUUAAUGGGUAAAUCGAAAAGCAGAUCGGUUGGUAAAGUAGAAAUGGAUGAAUGGUGAUAAUUCAUAAUGUCGAUAAAAAUGUUUUCUCUCGGUAUAAACGGUAUCACUCCGUAAUUAGUGCAAUCGUAUAAAUCUAAGUGCCAAAAUCCAUGUAGUACUUACAAGAAACAGAAAAAAAAAGGAAAGGAAAUGAGAGCAAAAGGAAAAAGCAAAAAAGAAAAA